GCACAGCCCUCCGAGCCGCAAGCAGGCACCAUGGACUGGAAGAAGCUCCAGGAUCUACUGAGCGGCGUGAACCAGUACUCCACAGCAUUUGGGCGCAUCUGGCUGUCAGUAGUGUUCGUCUUCCGGGUGCUGGUGUACGUGGUUGCGGCUGAGCGUGUGUGGGGUGAUGAGCAAAAAGAUUUUGACUGUAACACCAGGCAGCCUGGCUGUACCAACGUGUGCUAUGACAACUUCUUCCCUAUCUCCAACAUCCGCCUCUGGGCCCUACAGCUCAUCUUCGUCACGUGCCCCUCUAUGUUGGUCAUCCUGCACGUCGCCUACCGUGAGGAACGAGAACGCAAGCAUCGCCUGAAGCAUGGGGAUCAGUGUGCCAAGCUCUACAGCCAUCCUGGCAAGAAGCAUGGUGGCCUGUGGUGGACCUACCUGCUCAGCCUCAUCUUCAAGCUCAUCAUUGAGUUGGUCUUCCUGUAUGUCUUACACAGGCUGUGGCAUGGCUUCACCAUGCCACGUCUGGUACAGUGUUCCAAUGUGGUACCCUGCCCCAACACUGUGGAUUGCUACAUCGCUCGACCCACGGAGAAGAAAGUCUUUACCUACUUCAUGGUAGGGGCCUCCGCUGUCUGCGUUAUUCUCACCAUCUGUGAGAUCUGCUACCUCAUCUUCCACAGGAUUAUGCGAGGCCUGAGCAAGGUCAAGUCUACAAAGAGCAGCAGCUCCCCAAAGUCCUCCAGCCUAGCCUCUACCUGCCACUAUCACCACAAGCUUCUGGAGAGUGGGGACCUGGAAGCAGACUCAGGCGAUGCCAAGCCACAGGCUUCAGCACCCAACCUGACCCCCAUUUGAACAGUGUGCUGGA